GAGACCAAAUGCCUUUUUUUUUUUUAUCUUCUCUAUGGAAGACAGAGAUGGACUGGAUUCUGCUCGCUGUUUAAGGAGCGAAGGUUAUCGUGCGUGCAUGGGCUGUAUUGCUGUGCAUAAGCUGAUGUCAAGGCGCCUCUUUACCAACUAACGUUUUGGUAGUUAGCGAGUCCACUUAAGCAGGUGAUCCCUCACAUCACCGUAAGUGAAAGGUGGAAGGUUGAUUUCACUUUUCUUAUGUUCUUUAUAGGAAGGAAUCUACAACUGAGCUCAAGCUUAUCUGAAAAACAAUGGAGGAGAAACCUCAAAUCCACAUCCCAAGAGUGAAAUUGGGCAGUCAAGGUUUAGAGGUCUCUAGAUUGGGUUUUGGAUGUGGGGGACUGUCUGGAAUUUAUAAUGCACCUCUCACUCAUGAAGCCGGGUCUUCAGUUAUAAAGGAAGCUUUUUCCAAGGGUAUCACCUUUUUUGAUACGGCAGAUCUCUAUGGAGAUGAUCAUGACAAUGAAAUCAUGGUUGGGAAGGCUUUAAAGCAGCUUCCUCGUGAUAAAAUUCGGUUGGCUACAAAAUUUGGUUGUUUCAAGACUGAGGGGGGUCAAAUAGGAGUAAAAGGUACACCUGCAUAUGUGCGGCAGUGCUGUGAAGCCAGUCUAAAGCAGCUUGAUGUGGACUAUAUUGAUCUAUACUAUCAGCACCGUGUGGACACUUCGGUGCCAAUAGAGGAUACUAUGGGAGAGCUCAAGAAGCUGGUAGAGGAGGGAAAGAUAAAGUAUAUUGGAUUAUCUGAACCCAGUGUCAACACAGUAAGAAGAGCCCAUGCAAUUCAUCCUAUAACAGCCUUAGAAAUGGAGUACUCUCUUUGGACCCGUGAUAUUGAAGAUGAUAUAAUUCCACUCUGCAGACAGCUUGGUAUUGGGAUAGUGGCAUAUAGCCCUCUAGGCAGGGGUUUCUUUGGUGGCAAGGCAGUUUUGGAGAGCUUACCUACUGAGAGUAUAUUGACUUCACAUCCAAGGUUCACGGGGGACAAUUUAGAGAAGAACAAACUUGUUUAUUCUCGUUUUGCUAAUGUGGCAGCCAAAUAUUCCUGUUCCCCUCCUCAAUUAGCUUUGGCAUGGCUUCUCCAUCAAGGGGAUGACAUAAUCCCAAUCCCUGGGACAACCAAGAUUAAAAACCUGGAUGAUAACAUUGGUUCUUUGGCUCUGAAGCUUACAGAAGAGAGUUUGAAAGAGAUUUGUGAUGCUGUGCCCGUUGAGGAAGUUGGUGGCCACAGUAAUUACGCUUAUUUGACAAAGUAUGAGUAUAAAUAUGCUAACACUCCAACAAAAUAAUUGCAAAUGGACAAUAAAAUUCAAGUAGAACUCUUUCUUCUGUGUCUAUGUGGGUUGUUCCAGCAGAACAAGGAUGAAAUAAGAGUGCAGCUUUGGUAUAUUUGAUAAUUGUCCCUCUUAUCAUGGACAUUUUCCUUCUAAUUAGAUUAGGAUUUAUGUAAAUUGAAUGCCAGUCUGAUAAACAAUAGAAAACAGUUCUUGCAUCUUCAUAUUC